CUUCUGUCAGAGGACCACAUAGUGCAGCAGAACAGGAUGACAGUUUACUGAUUGUUGUUGUUACUGAUUGAGCUCCAGAAGAGGAAUGAGGGACACGGAGACAGAGUCAUGCCCGUCAGGAGUGCUUCCUUUGGGGGGAGAACAUAUCUUCUUCUGACUUCAAGAGAAGUGGCAUCUGGAGUGCUUUGUCUAUAGAAAACUUGUUAACUUUGGCCCAUUUUAUUUUAUUUUUUUUUCACAAUAUCAAUGGAACGGAGGGCACUGCUGGAACAGAAGCAGCGGCAAAAACGUCAGCAACAUUUGAUGGUCCAGCCCAACACAGAGAUUCGCCCCCGACGCUCCAGGGCACGGCGUGGUGAAGAGCAAGCCCCACUAGUUGAGUCUCAACUCAAUGUCACCAACGAUGUCAUAAUCGAUGGUAUUGAUGGCCCAGCAGCCUUCCUGAGCUCAGAACCCCCUGAUCUGGGAAUGAAAAUUCAAAUUCUGUCAGUGAGCCAGUCCCAGUCUCAGUCCCAGCCUGAGUCUCAGUCCCAGUCCCAGUCCCCGUCCCCUGCUGCUGAAGAGCCUGAGAGAGAUGGAGACACUGAGACGCUGCUGGAGCCCAAGACAGAUAUCCACGAACUGCUGCAGAAGCAAGGUUUGUGCGAAAGUAUGAACUUUGAUGAAGCCAGUGAGCACGAGGAAGACGCGGAGGAGGAACGGACACGCUCUCUGUCCUCUCACACAGACAGCAACAGGCCGGCCUCGGCUGCUAGUGGCAAGGACAUUCCAGAGUUGGUAACCCCAGGAUCACCCACAGCAGAAAAAUUGCUAGCAGAUGUGGCAAAUCUCGAGGAGUUUGUCUUGCAGCCAGCACCACGUGGCGUCACAGUCAAAUGCCGAAUCACCCGUGACAAAAAGGGUAUGGACCGUGGCCUCUACCCUACUUACUUCAUGCACAUGGAGAGAGAGGAUGGCAAGAGGGUAUUUUUGCUGGCAGGAAGAAAGAGAAAGAAAAGUAAAACAUCCAACUACCUUAUUUCAGUGGAUGCCACGGAUCUGUCACGAGAGGGGGAGAGCUUUAUAGGUAAACUCAGAUCCAACCUUAUGGGCACCAAAUUCACAGUGUACGACAACGGCACCAAUCCGCUCAAAAACCCUGGGGCUCUGUUGGAAGAAAGCAACACACGGCAGGAGCUGGCUGCCAUCUGCUAUGAAACCAAUGUGCUGGGUUUCAAAGGACCACGCAAAAUGACUGUAAUCAUCCCCGGCAUGAACAUGAACUUUGAGAGGGUCCCUGCAAGGCCCCAAAAUGAGCAGGAGAGCCUCCUGAGCAGGUGGCAGAACCAUUCACUGGAAAAUCUGAUCGAGCUGCACAACAAGGCGCCCGUGUGGAAUGACGACACCCAGUCUUACGUGCUAAAUUUCCACGGCCGUGUGACUCAGGCUUCAGUCAAAAACUUCCAGAUAGUGCACGACAACGACCCUGACUACAUUGUCAUGCAGUUUGGCAGAGUGGCUGAAGACGUCUUCACUCUGGACUACAAUUAUCCCAUGUGUGCUCUUCAGGCGUUUGCCAUCGGCCUGUCGAGCUUCGACAGCAAGCUGGCCUGUGAAUAGGCAUUGGUCCUCUGCCGGCAAAUUCCAAGAUCUCCCAGUUCCUGCAUGCCCCCCUCUCCUCGUGUCGUUUUUACAGGGGUUGUUUAAACAUCUGCUAACCUGUGUACAGUUUGUGUGUAUGCACACAUACGUAGAGACUAAAAGGGAAACGCAAAUGAAUAAUCAGUGCUGGAGACAGGUGCUCUUAGACACCAUGUGCAAAAAGAACUGAUGUAAUAUUUAUGAGCCUGUUUGAAGAUAUGUGAAACUUUCUGUUGCCUUUAAAUUUUUUAAUUUCGCCAGUUUUUGGUCACGCUCAAAGUGUAGCUUGAAAAAUGUUGAAAGUCUCUCGAGAUGUCAUCUACAAUUCACACUGAACACAUUUAGAUCAUGGCCUUUCCUCUGGCGCCACCUGCAGGCUCAACAUUACAUGUCAGCGAAUCAGGAAAAAAGAAGAGCACAGUUGCUGUACUUUAUCUCACCUGCCAUUUAUAAGGAAUUGGCACCAUAUCCUUGUUUACAUCUUCAAGUGUGUGACAUGUUUUAAUCUGCCUUCUAACUAUAACUAAUUCUGACAUUGUUUUUUUUCAUUGUCAUCAUGGUGUGAAAAGGUGUUUUUUUGAAUAAGUGUAUUUUUUUUAAACUUGUGACUGUGAUUUUGUUUUAACGAGUUGGAUUAUCAUGAAAACAUGAAUGCAGAAUUGCACAUUUAAGUAAAAAGAAACACAUUAUACAGUAUAAAAUACAUUUGCUUAUUUGAUCCAUUCCUGCAGUCUUAAAUUAUUGAAUGACAUUUCAAGGCAUGAAAUCUUAAGAGUUUGGCAGUUAAACAUUAAUACACUAAAUACAGAUUUUAUUUUCUUGGCUACGCAGAUCCUAUAACUGUACCACCUUUUUCAGGGGGCGAGGGGCAGGACAUGUUUACGUGAUGCUUUUUCUGACAAUUUGUUUAAAGAUACAAAUAUUUAAAAAAAAAAAAAAAUUACUAGCAGUUUAUUAAAAUCCAGGUGUCAAUUUGUACUCUAAAUGAUGAAGGAUGUGUGCAAUCAAGGCUUGGAAAAAAUAAGGAUUUAUAGGAAAAUGUACUGUUUAUGCUUUUAUUACAGGAGUCUUUAAUGAAACACAUUCCAGUCUGACCUUUGAAACAUGCAGUCAGGUCACAGGGCUGUAUGAAAAUAAACCAGCAGGUGAUCAAACAUGUUUUCAUUUUAUUAUACUGAGGUGAAUGUAUUCAGUGAACUUUUUAGUUUCAUAAACAUGACAGAAAUCAAUUUGAUUGAACAGAUUUGAGAAAAAACAACAACCAGAAAAGUGCUUAUUUCCACUGAUGUAAACUCUUCAAAUAACCAAAAUAAAGACAUUUUGAAAAUU